AGAGAUAUUUGGGGAGGCAGACGUUGACAUGCGAUAAACUCGUGGCAAAACGUUUUCAGCGUUCCGUCGCACGCAAUCCCCACGCGCCUCCCUCUCUAUAUCUAUGAAUUCAUUUACCGUCUUCUUCUUCUUGGGCUUCAAUUCAUUCUUCUUUCUGUUAUAGGUUUGAUCAAUGGCACUUUGUUGUGGAACUGGGUUUAACCCAAUUCUGGAGAGUAAUUCGGCUCGAAAUUUGUCGACAAGACUUAUUGGACAUAUACCCCUGCGUUUUACUGGACAGAGCUCUUAUUUGGUCAGGAGAAGGAGGCACAAGGGAAUAUGCUGCUCAUCACUGAAGAAAGCUGCAUCUGCAUCUGCUAUGGAGUCGCAGGAAGAAAGUGCAUUAUCAGUUUGCUUGGAGGAGGAGGAGCUGGAUCAUGUUAUACGAUUCAAAAUGUCAGACUUCAAGAUUUUGGAUCGUGUUAGCAUCGGCCUUGGUGGGCGGGCAGAUGAGGUGGUUUUCGAAGCCAAGGUGAAAGAUAGCGGUAGCCCUCUGUAUAACACAAGAGUUGUACUUAGACAGCUUUCCAGUGCCCAAGCUCAGCGUAGAGGCAAACGAGCAAUAGAGGUAUUGAAGAAGCUGGUUCGCCGAAAACUUCUGUAUCAUUCUUACUCCAUGCAUGUUCAUGGGUACAUCUCUUUGCCUGCAAAUGGUGGUAGUAGUUCAUUUAUCCUAGUCCAUGGGUAUCAUGGUAGUUUUUCCUUGAGGCACUGGCUCCAGCAGUCUGAUUGGCUCCCAACUUUAGAGGCCACUCUUGCACUGGAUGAAGAGUCUGUUAGGAAGGUGGGAGAAGACACAACUGGAGGUCCUGCUGUUUCUAGGCAAUUGCGACUUAUACGGAUCUUGAUGAGGGAUCUUCUAAUUGGGGUAAAUUACCUGCAUAGCCAUGGUCUUGCCCAUACAGAGUUGAGGCUGGAAAAUGUGCAUAUAAGCCCAGUGGACAGACAUAUCAAAGUAGGUAUACUGGGAAAUGCUGCCGACUUUUAUGAGAAUGGUUCAAAUAACGAUUCUAUGGACAACAUGGACCGACGGCAGAUGAUGAUUGCAUUUGACAUGAGAUGCGUGGGUUUCAUAAUGGCUAAAAUGGUAAUGAGGGAGCUUAUGGAUCCUUCGAUCUUUGCAAAGUUCAAAUUAUUCCUCACAAAGGGAUAUGAUCCUUCAUGUCUGCGAGAACUUAUGUUAGAAAUCCUUGGCAGAAGUUCCCCAAAUGGAAAUGCUGGCUUACAAAUACUUGAUAGGAACUGGGGUGCUGGUUGGCACCUUUUGUCUUUAUUGCUUGCAAACAAGCCUUCACAAAGGAUAAGUUGUUUGCAUGCUCUAAGACACCCAUUUCUUUGUGGUCCAAGAUGGCGUGUAGUUCCGUCAAUGGACAUUAUCAGAUGGGGCCUAGGUUCUACUGCAAUGCGUAUCAGUGAGGAAUACAUUUAUCGUCAGCCUCAGCGUAGUAGACUUGCCCACUUCAUUGACUUAAUGGAGAUGUUGAAUCCUCAUCCAAAGCCGAAGAACUGGCUGGAGCUGCUUCCAGGCAAAUGGCGUCUAUUGUACUGCACUGGGAGGCAUGUAGGACUGACCCUUCGCCAACCUCCUGCCCGUGUACUCGUCGGAGAUGUGCAUUUAACGGUGACAAGAGAAUCAAAGAUGAAGGCCAAUCUUUCUUUUGUCUCUGACAUUAGUUUCUCCGUCAUGAUUGGCCAGGACUGGCCGCACGACAAAGCUGGCAAAACCGGGAGAUUACAGGUGAAUUCUUCAUUUAUGCUAAGAGCUGGGAGACGGUUAUAUCUGAAGCAAGACCAGACAACAGAGAAGUUCUUUUUUGGCCCUUUUGGUAGUGAGGAGGCUUUAGCUCAGAAAUUCACCGGCAAAAAAUGGCAAAAAAUAACACCAUUCAAGGAGUUUCCAUCAAGUCUUCCUGCAGCAAAGCUUACUUCAAGUGACGUUGAUGUGACUAUGAAUCUUGACGAUCCAUUAAAUAGAGACAUUGAUAUGGCACGAAAUGUGCUUCAAGAACUAAGAACACAAAUCCCACCAGAAAUGUUUGAUUUGUCUAAGGUUGUCUGUGGAACUUAUGUGGACUCCAGGAUGCUUGUGCUUCGUGGGGUUAAUGGAUCAGCACUCCUAUUUUCAAGGUCUUUUGUAGAUAAGAAUAAUUCUAAUUAGAUGUUAAUAUAGCAGCAGAUUCAUCAUUAUGAUUUAUGUAUAUAGCUUCUUUUCAGUUUAUAGAAUAGUCCAUUGUGAUCUUCUGAAACGUAUUGUCCAUAUAUAGUUGUUUCCUCUAUAUGAUUUGGUCUUUACAUGUAGAAUAAUUUUAGUCAAGUUAGCUAUUAUUUAUUAUCA